UUUACGCAAGUGCGAUUAAGUAUGCUUAUGGAAUAAAUCCCUAUGAACAUAGAGCUAUUAAGUUAUGAGAUCACCACUACGACAGAACAUAGAAGCAAACGUAGAAGAACUUCGACUGUAUCUUUUGGUGGCUAUAGUGAAAGAAGCAAGAUAAGUGAUGCGUAUAGAAUAAUUUUUAAGCUCGUGAUUUUAUAGCCGCUAUAAAUCUCCAUGACUUAUACCUAAGUAUCCAGUUUAGAUGAUGAUAUAUUAUAUGCUUAAGAAUUGAUAUGACUCAUGGAAAUGAGAUGCUAAGGACCCUUAAAGCUUACUACAUCAAUGUUGUCAUUGGAGUUAUGACUUGUUUACAAGUUAGAAUAAGUUAACCUGUACAAGAAUUCUUUUGAGGUUUGUAUUAGAUUAUGCUAGAGUGUACUAAUUGGCACAUAUUUGAUACCAGAAUGCCGCCUAAGAGAGGACGCCCUGCGAGAAACAAUAACAAUCGCAGAAACCGUAACGCUGUACCCGAAGAACCACAAGAUGUUCGAGGACAUAACCUACCCCCUCCGCCCCCGACUAGGAGAGUCGAAGAACUCUUUUUAAGGCAAAACCCACCUACGUUUGACGGAACGAGUGAACCGGCUGAAGCUGAGAUUUGGGUGCGUGCAAUGGAACACAUUUUCAACUUUCUACGUUGUAAUGAUGAGGAGCGCCUAUCUUGCGUCUCUUUCCAACUAACAGGAUCAGCUGACUUCUGGUGGGAAGCACGUCGAAAAAUUCUGACACCUGAACAAUGGGCAAGUUAUACUUGGGAAGAUUUUAAGACGGGAUUAUAUGAUAAAUAUAUUCCGAAAAGCUAUAGGAAGAAGAAAGAAGCUGAGUUCUACGAGUUGAAGCAAGGAAAUAAAUCUGUGGUUGAAUACGACAAGGAAUUCUGCAACCUGUCUAGGUUUGCUCCCCAACAAGUGGACACAGAUGAGAAGAUGGCAGAGAAAUUUUGUGCCGGUCUACGGUACGAAAUUAAGAUGGCUCUAGCAAGUCACGGAGGACUCUCAUAUACGGAGUCUCUGAACAGGGCACUUGACAUUGAAGCCGCAAUGCCGUCAGACAAGUCAGCCCCACCAUUGAUCUCAACGCCAAACGACUUACCAGGAGCCUUACAUACUCUCAAAGGGAAGCGCAAGUGGGACAACAAUGAAGACAAUAUCAAUCCGAUUAAUAAGCAAGUAUGGCAAGAAUAUGAACGGGCCGAACAGUUUAUUCAACCAAGGUACGAGGCACAGACUAACCUCGAGUCAACUGGGGGUAGCCAAAGUCAGAGAGGAAUUUCACCUUGCCCAAAUUGCGGUAAAAUGCAUAGGAGUGUUUGUCGAGCUGGGACUAACGGUUGUUACAAUUGUGGUCAAAAGGGACACUACUCCACGCAAUGCCCCAACAGACAACGAGGUUCAGCAAUUGGGAACUAGAAAACAAGAUGAAGGAGAAAUACCCCGAACUGUUUUAACAAAGAUAUGCAAAUUUCGGGACGAAAUUUUUGUUAAGAGGGGUAGUAUGUAGUAGCCCGCUCUUUUAUUUAUAAUUAAAUCUAGUAAAUGCAAAUUAUUAUAAAUGAAUCCAGUUUAUGGUCCUGAUUUUUUUUAAUAUCAGAAACGGAGUUAUUAUUUUAGCGUUAUACUUUUAUAACGUAUGAGAAAAACGCGACGAUGAUUAUUGAGCCAUUCAAUAAUUAUUAUUUUCAAGUUAUAACUGACUUAGCAAAGUCAUGUUAUUUAUUAAUCGAGAAACGGAAGCAGUUAUAUUUUAUUAAUGCUACUAGAAGUCGAGGAUUUAUUUCCGACAGCAAAGCAGAUUAAAUCUACGGAUUUAAUUUAAGUUAUAUUAUAGUUUAUCAAGUUAGCAGGCAAGGAAAAAAAUAUCAAACAGAUACAAUAACGGAUGAUAGAGAAUAGAAGCCAGUAUUUUAUUACAGUUCACGAAUACAGUCUACUUCCCAGCUUGGGGAAAAUUGUAUAGUAUUUUACAAGGUUGAAUUUACCACCAUUUGCUUCCCCACCACUACACCUACUCUUACACUCCACCAACUUCUCCAUUACAUUUGUUUUUCUCCACCAAACAUUCCACUUACUUCAUUCCUUAUGUCAUACACCAAGCACCAGAAAGGGAGAUGAAGUUCCUGCUGCCAACUGCCAAGUAUCGAGAGUUCCUUUCCCCAUUUAAUUCAUAGCAACAGACAACCACCGACACCAAGCAUUUCAGGUAAAUACUACACAAUGCAAUUCAGCUAUCUUCUCAUCAUACCAUCAGACACAUGUUUGAGUAGGAAUAUAGAGAUGUAAACGGGUAUAUAUGCUUAUAGAUCCAGCAAGUCACACGCUCAAUAUACAGAAAUCAAUUUAUGUAAUUACAAUUCUUCACAUGAGUCAGAUGAUGAGAAUGCUUUUGACAUUUGCAAACCAUAGUUCCUAGUUUAAUCUCUAACUUUAUCAAAAUAGGAACACAGAACAGAUCCCUUUAACUUCAAACCACAAACUAUUGUUUAUAUACAGACUUAUACAAAGAAGAAGAGGAAGGUAGAACAAAGACUUAGCUUUAAGAUAUAGUGCCGGCUGCCGGUUCGGACGAACCAAGGGGACGGCGAACCCCUGCUGCCGUGACGAACACCGAGAACAAAAACGGCGAACUAUCGAUUAUCUCGUCUGCAUCAGAUCAAUGACAGCAAGUGAGACCGGUGGUCGACGGCGUCUGACUCGCCGGAGAUGGAGGAAGGCAGAGGAUGAGGCUGAGACGCCGAUUUAAGCGCGAAGUUAGGACUUUCACUCUGUUUGUUUUGGAGACCACCUAUGCAUCGUGUGUGUGAGACUCAGAGAGGAGAGGAACUUCCUCUGGCCGGGUUACAAAAUCGGGACGGCGGAAUCAGGCGAGAAAGCUCGCCUCGAUACUUCACAAUUCGUGAAAUCGAGAGAGAACAA